UUGGUUGGUCUGUCUUCAGGUGUAAAAAUUGACGUUCUGCACUUUUUAAUUGUCUUAUCAAAUAAAACAAUAGUUUGCGUCGCAGUAAGUAAUACGUCCAGGCAAAAACAAUACACCCUUGCUUCAAAUAAGAUACCAGCACUGGAGCUGAAGGACAUUUAGGAAACCGAGUGAUGCUAGCGCUAACGUUAGCCUAGCUUAAAGCUACAGCACCUUUGUUCCUCGUGUCGCUGCGACAACUCACAUUUUUUGGAUUAUACUAGAAUCAAAUUUCAACGUGUCCCCCACAAACCGUCCUCGGCUCUGACCGUUGAGCUGACCAUCAGAGAGAGAGCGUGAGGACAGAAGACACCCAAGGUUGUGCAAUAAGCUGUGACCCCAUGUCUGCCCCUGCCCCAGCCAACCGGAGGUCUACGUCGGGCUCGCGCCGAUUCAACCCUCUGAAGGCGCUGCAGCCUAAACGCCGCUUGCAGCAAAUACUGGCGUCCUCGGCCGUCCCGGUCCCCAAGCCAGCGCCAGGGCCGGGGCCGGCCGUGCCAGCGGCCACGACGGCGGUGGCCGUCCCUGUGCCCGCGCCCCCUGCAUUUGACUACUGCAGGUUCAUAGAGCUAGACUACGUUCCCAUGGAGACGGGCGGUAUGGUCUCGAUGCGCCCGACAAAAGGCUACGCGUCGACCAAGUCUCCAACUAAAGGAUGCUCUUCUACCAAGUCCCCGGACCGCCACAGCCGCUCCGCAAACUCUCCCUCCACCCCUCGCUCUCGGCGGACGCCGGCCGCACCCAGUAACAGAGAUCCCUACGGUACCGCCUCCCUCAGUAGCAGCAGCAACUCAGGCUCUUGUAAAGGCAGUGACUGCAGCCCCACUAAAGGACGUCACCAGAAAUACACGUCAUGUACAGAUAACCAUGGUAUCCGGCCUCCUCCACCAGAGCAGUAUCUCACACCCCUGCAACAAAAGGAAGUGUGUAUCCGGCACCUGCGGGCCAGGCUAAAAGAAACCAUGAGCACACUGCAAGACAGGGACACAGAGAUCGAUGAGCUGAGGGGCCAGCUUUACCGCAUGCAGGAGGACUGGGUUGAGGAGGAGUGUCAUCGUGUCGAGGCCCAGCUGGCCCUGAAGGAGGCGCGCCAGGAGAUCCAGCAGCUCAAACAUGCCGUGGAGACUGUCCGCGCCAGGCUCAGUGAUGCUGGGGACCUCAGUGGGGACAAAGGGGUCCAGAAGUACUUCCAGGACAUCAACACUCAGAACCACAAGCUCGAGAACCUUUUGCUUAGUAUGGAAUUAGCCCAGGCGGGUUUAGCCAAAGAGGGCGAAGCCUUUCCGGGCUGUCGGGCCCGCGUUGGGGGUUCUGCCCCUGCGUCGGUAUCGGGGGAAAGUCCAGGGGGAAUUCCCAGACCAGCAGUGGGAGGAAGGGGUUCCUGUUCCUGCGACGGUUCCCCAGCCCGUUCUCUGACACGCAGCUCCACCUACACCAAACUGAGCGACCAAGCUCUGGUGGACCGCAGCGGCAACGGGCAGGACUUUCCUUGUCUGUCCGGCGAUGGCACCCAGGACAGUGGGUUUGUGUGCUGUGGAGAGAGCAGCGUCCCCAGUCGGGCCGACCUGCUGCUGGAAGCCGCUUUUCUCUCUGAGGAAACGGCAUCUUUACUCAACUCCUACACGCAGACCUUCUCUCACUCCCUGCCCCACACCUUCUCCCACACCUUGCCUCACUCUUUCCCCCACACUUUGUCCCACUCCGGCCCCCACUCUAUGCCACACUCCUCCACCUAUGAGAAGCUGUGCUCAAGUGAGCGCCUGAUGCCCUUUCGUUGUGGCCUGGGUGGAGGAGGCUGUAUGAGUCACCCAUGCCUGUCGCACCACCACCUGUACCUCCAUCCCCUGCGGGAGGCAGGCAUUCAGACCGAGAGUUGCCCCAUUCCUACAACAGCAGGUUGCCCUUCUGACCUGGACACCAUCGCAGAGCAACGGACGUUUCGCUCCCAGGCUUGCAGCCCCACCUCCACCUGGAUGUCUGAUGAGGGGGAUGACGAGCUGGACUCCAUAACCACAACAACGUCGGUUACCACGGCAACGGUCAUGAGCACGGCCACGGAGCCGAUCCCACUCACCAAGACACCGCCGGUCUUGUCACUACCGCGGUCUGCGACUGUGGCGUGUUCUAUGAAGAGCCCCCUGUGCAGUGGGAGGGAGGAGGAGGAAAAGCAGGAGACUGAAAACAGAGAGAAGGAAAGCGCUUCAAGGCUCAAGCUGAGUGACACGUCAGUGAAUGGACAGGACGAUGAUGGGAGUGGCUCGGUGGAUGGGGAUCAGGUGGACGCUGAGAGUCCAGUGGAAGAGGCAGCAGCAGAAAAACCAUGCAACUCCACAGAGACCGCAGCAGGAAUGCAGCAUGAGCUCAAGUUUGUGGGAUGCUGCGGAGAGAGCAGGCACGGUGGGACCACGCAGGCAGGAGAUGCUGGCACGUCAGCGGGAUCAACUCAGGGAGCGACAGAAAGGUUGAACACGAGCAACGCGGGGUCAUCGCAGCCUCAUACGUCCCAGCCCAGAAGAUCCACCUCACACGAGGAGGCAGCUGGUGCCGCGGGGAUGGAGGGUCCUGACCACACCGACAACGACGGCGAAACUAAAGAGGCCGGCGCCGCAGGAGGCGCAGCGGCCGAGGAGGGGGACUCGGGCUCCGAGAGCAUUCAGAAAAGCUACUGGAGCCGUCACUUCCUGAUCGACCUGCUAGCGGUGGCCAUCCCCGUGGUGCCCACGGUGGCGUGGCUGUGCCGCGGCCCGGUCCGGGACGGACAGCCCAUGUACCACAUAGGCUCGCUGCUGCGAGGCUGCUGCACGGUGGCGCUGCACUCGCUGCGCAGGGGAGGCGGCCUGAGGCAUUACCCCGCGGGCGGGGGGGACCUGGGAGGCUCACACUUGUAAGGGGAGGGGGUGCUCAUCAGCUCUGAGCCCUCGGCUACAACCUUUAGCUGCAGUGAGUAAUCUAUAAGAACCUGUCAUGGUCACAGCUAAAGAGCAUCAACAGAGGACACAAGAUCUCUGACCUGUGUGUGGAGCUGCUUCGUCAGCCACUGCUUCCUUUUGUUGCUACCAAGAAGACGUGACAUGAAAUGAAUGAUCUGCUCCUGGGUGCUGCUUUAUGCUGAUUGUUUUUGUAUUUAGCGCAGGGUAAAUGUUCAGGGUCCAGCUGUUCUCGCUCAGAUCUGAUGUUUUCAGAUGUAUAUAUGUGACCACAUUGUCUUGUUAUCCGCAGUUCCUGCACUUCUCAUUGAGCUGUUGUCGAUUGGUUGGUUGCUUGAUUCAGAAUUUGCAGCUGUUGUUGCUGAAGGUUUGGACUUUUCUUCAUGGCAGCAGCAAAAGUCGAGGAAAAGAACGAGGACGUGCAGCUGUUGCUCAGCAGAUCGAACACAUCGAACACAUUUCUGAGCCAAAUGAUAUCCUGCUGCUUUUUAGAGUCUGGACCAAUUCAUACAAGCUGGGUUGUCAUUUGCCAUGAAGUCACGUUCAGACCAGAUUCAAGCAGGAAGCGGCCGAGUUGUGAGGGGAUUUUUUUACCCUGCAGAGCGGUGGUGGAUUUCAUUACUUCGGAAUAUGAUUCAAACCUAAUCCUUAAAGGAAAAGAGAAACUGAUCUGUUGGAUGUGUGGCUGAGCCAAGAAAACGUGAGCCAAGCUCCAUUCAUUGGCUGGAUGACAAAUCAUCAUUUGGACUCUCUGAUUAAUGAUGAUUAGACAAAUAUUAGAUAAACGUCUGUGUUGUAUGUGUUGAACACCUUCAGAUGUCUGUAGUUUUCAUGUAGGCCAAAGAAAGAUUCAAUAGAAAAACAAAACAAACCACAUCUGACAAUCACUUGUUGCGUUUAAUGCUACUCUCUUUCUCUUUGGACACAUUCAUGAUGUAUUCAAUGUGUUUCUUCUCUGACAGUUUGUGGUUACACCUCCAGAAAUCCAACAAACUCGGUGUCAGUGUAAUCAGAGAAGUGCUCUUCACUAAAACAAGCCUUGGUUAUGACUGUAAAACAGUCUUCUGUGUGCUCAGCAUCCAUCACAGUCUCAACCAUUAACCUGCGGGGAUUUAAAUUCUAUGCACAGAUUUAGUUUUAACCCCUUUUUUAUCUGUGCUUCAAAAGUGACUUGCUUAGCAAAUGGAUCCUUGGAUUAUUGGUGGAAAAGGUUGUAAUGAUCAGACACUUGUGGUUCUUCAGCGGUUCAGUGGGACCCUUGGAUGUUCUGUAGCUCUGACUGGAGCGAGCUGCGCUCUCUGUGCUCUGUGCUGUACACUAACGCUAACUCCUGUGCUUUUGCUGUCACUGGUGGUGCGUACUUAAAUUCCACUGUUCAUGUUGAUCAGUCACUGCAAAUAAAUGAGCUUUCAUUGCA